GCCAGAGUUCAUCUUGAGGGGGGAUGUUAGACAAUAAUAAUAGUAUUACUUGUGGUAGUAUUGGUUGUGGUAGUGUUUCAUUAUUAGUCAGCUUCCUAAUCCUAUUUGUGGUAGAUGUUGUAUGUUAGUUAGUUUCUAUUCUAUAUUCCUAGUUGUGUUAGGAGUCUCUCCUAUAUAUACUCUAUCAUGUACUUCAUAAUUCAAGGGAGCAAUAUUAUUAUUCUAAUAUUUCAACACCUCUGAUGCUAAAAGACGCCAUCAUCCGAUUGGAGAACAGUCACCACAGAAUCGUAGCCUUGGCGAUGCGAGUGAAAUUCGCCGAGCUUUCAAAGCUCAAAUCCAUGACCGUCUUCGCCUUGGAAGACUCCCAUCUCCUGGCCGGUAACGGAUUUCUGUAUCUCUCUAAUUUCCAUUUUCACGUGGUACCGAACCGGAGGAUCCUUUCCUCGGAGAUGUUGAGUCUGCCGCAGGGAAGCACGUUGCCGACUAUGGAUCCUCAACACAGUCUGGUGUUGACCACCGCCGGCGAAGGAGGCAGAGUCAAGCCAGUUAGAAUCAACUACAUAACCAUUCCGAGCCUCGAUCUGAUGCACAACAGCAGAAUUGUGAUCCAUGGGGUGUCUUCACCAUUCCCCCACAUGUUCAAGCACAUGGACAAUGGCGAUGAUUUUGGGGAGAUGGAGCAGUCGUCAAAGUGUGAUUUCACAUUGGAAGGCGGUGACAUCUGCGACGACGUAGAUCCACCAACGCCGGCGGGCAUGCCAUCAACGGUGGAGAGCGACAUGGCCUCGAUGUGAAAUCCCAUUUCUGCUUUGUCUCUCUGUUUGAGCAUUGAGUCAAUCAUUAUAUUGACUGUAUGGCUAUAUGGUUGAUGUUGCUUUGUGUGACUUUAGUUGACUUGUACCUUCUCAUACAAGUCCAUUUGCAGGGCAGUUACAUAAGUCUGUAAAAGUUUGUUCUCCAUUAGCACUAGCCAUUUAUCUUUGGGUUCUCGCAAAAAUAUCCACAUCUUUCAACGCAACCAAUUGUCAUCUUGCAGAGAAGUUUAGUAGCUAAAUAUUGUACACUCUCCAAGAUUAACGGGGAAAUUCAGCCACGAUUGAGUCUUAACAAAAGUGAUAGUAUUGA